UUGAGAAGAAGAGGGGUAAAUCUGUAAUGCCAUUUCAUUUCUAUAUAAGUUUCCCAGCCCAACAAGAAACCUGCAACUUAUUAUAAUCUCCAUUUCUCCCCCAUCAAGUUUCCAAAACACCCUUCAUAUAUGCAGCCAUCUUCUCCCCAUAGCUUUUCUUCUUCUCUCAAAUUCACCACUCUCUCUCUUUCUCUCUCUAGCUAUUUAUCUCUCUCUAUCUCUCUGGUGAGUGAUGGGUUUUAGCCCUAGUUCUUCUUACACUUCCCACAUUAUGCUUCAAACAACUUUCUUUCGACACAAGCCCCUCACCCUUUCUUCUCACUAAAAAUUGUCCGAAAAUAUUUCCUUUUGUUUUUCUCCCAUUAAAAUAAAAAUCCAAUCUUUUUUCAGAAUUAUUUUUUUUUAAAAAAAAAAUCAAUGGAGGGUUCUAUCUGGGCUUCAAAUUCUUCCCCUUCCUUUCAUGGCUCUGCAUCCAUGGUUAACUUCGAAGAAUUCCGAGAUAAUAAUAAAAAUAAAAAUAAUAAUAGUAACGAAGAAUUGGACGGAAGCUUCCACCAAUCGGAGAAGAAGAGACGGCUUAAACCGGAUCAAGUCCGGUUUCUUGAAAAAAGUUUCGAUCUUGAAAACAAACUCGAACCGGACAGAAAAAUUCAGCUAGCUAAAGAAGUUGGCUUGCAGCCGAGGCAAGUUGCAAUCUGGUUCCAAAAUCGACGCGCCCGUUACAAAACCAAGAUACUCGAGAAAGAACACUCCUCCUUAAAAGCUAAUUACGACAAACUCAAACAGGAAUACGACGCCGUUUUUGCCCAGAACCAAAAAUUAAAAGAUGAGGUGAAUUUGCUGAGGGAGAAGGUGGUUGUGAAAGAAGAGUGUGAUAAUUUUGAAGAAAAGACUCCAUUUUUAUGUGGAGAUAUCGAAGCUGCUGCUGCAACUUCGGAUGUUUUUGAUUCGGACAAUUAUUCUUCGGAUGUUUUUGAGACAGAUAAUUUGUCUGUGUCUGAAUUUUCACAGAAGGAUGAAAGCUUAAGAAUGGCGGGUCUUCUUCUUCUUCAGCCUGCUACUUCUUGCUUGCCUAAACUUGAGAUGGUGGAAGAAUUUUUUGAUGAUUUGCAGCCAAAUUCUUGUAAUUUGGGAUUUCCUAUUCAAGAUCAAUUAGGCACGUGGUUGUGGCAAUUUUGAGCUCGAAUUUGGUAGAAAAAUGGUGGGAUUUAAUCUUGUGUCACGUGUUUUAAUUAGUGCUUAAUUUGUUUUAUGGCAUUAAUAUUUUUUUUUUUUUUUUUUUUGUAUAUAAGGUUCUUAGGAAGAAUAAUGGAGACAUGCUUAAGUUUUCUUACAAGAACACAUUUUAUCUG